CUCCUCUCCUCUCUGCAGCAGGACAGACAGAGGUAGCUCCGCUCCGCUCCGCUCCGCUCCGCUCAGUUUUUGAAGCCGUGGCAUGAGUGAUCUCAUCUGAACCUGAUCUCCGCUUUCCCUGCCGUCGAUCCUAUGACCGAGACGGGAGUAAAAUAACACAAACACGAGGAGUCUUGCCUCAGACUGGCCUAAAAUGGGCAGAAAUGGUGCUGAACAAAAGCUGCUUGUCGCUCGUACAAAAGUACUUGAAGCGUUGCAGCCGGGACCAAGCUGCAUUGCUAUUGCCUGUGCCUCUCAACAGGAAAGAGAGACAACAUGUUCCCGAAGGGCACCAAGCGCAAGUUCUCAGACUCCGGGGAGGAGCCAGUCUCCGGUGGCGGCGACGACCAGGGCCCCGCGGCGGCGGCUGCGGCGGCUGCGGCGUCCUCUGCGGCGGUCCGGACCAUGUCGUCCUCGUACAGCCUGCAGCGGCAGUCGCUCCUCGACAUGUCGCUGAUCAAGCUGCAGCUGUGCCACAUGCUGGUGGAGCCCAACCUGUGCCGCUCGGUGCUCAUCGCCAACACGGUGCGGCAGAUCCAGGAGGAGAUGACCCAGGACGGCACCUGGCAGAUCAUGACCCAGGCGCUGGCGGCCGCCCAGUGUCCCACCGACCGCCUGGUGGCCACCGAGGUGCUGUGCAGGCAGACUGACCCGGCGGCGCAGGCCGGGCAGAGCCCCAAGCCCUUCUCGGUGGUGGGCCUGGAGGAGGGCUACCACUCGGAGGAGGUGGUGAUGGAGGGGGACGUGGAGACAGAGGUCACCAUGUCCACCCUGUCGCCCGUCUCCCCCCAGCUGCCCUCGGCGUCCUACCUGGCGGGGCCGUUCGGCAUGGGGCCCUGCUGGGAGGAGGAGGAGGAGGACGGCGAGUGCGAGGAGGACGAGGAGGAGGACAGCGAGGAGUGCGUGUCGGAGGGGGAGGACGGGGGGGACCGGGACCACCUUAGCGCGGACUCCAGGACAGGGGAGCAGGUUUUUGGGACUUUUGAGAUCAAGCACCCGGCGCCGCCCCCUGACCCGGCCCUCGAGGAGCUGUUUUCGGACGUGGACCCGUCGUACUACGACCUCGACACGGUGCUGACGGGGAUGCAGAGCGCCCCCAAAAUGGGGCCUUACGACCUGCUGGAGAGCCUGUCCUCUCACGGGCCCACGACGCUGAGCUCCAGCGCGAGCUGCAGGUCGGACCUGAACGAACUGGACCACAUCAUGGAGAUCAUAGUGGGAUCCUGAAACAUUCGGAACAUUCCCCAUCCCCGACCCCCCACCCCACCCACCGGCCUGAACUCAUCCCACAGACUCUUUUCCAGACUAUGCACAGUACACGUGUGCAUGUUCUGUAUGUGGUAUUGUUACACACACGGAUUGUUGGAGGUUUUUGGGGGGACAAGGUGGGAAAGUAACGGCGCGCCGAACUGAUCCUGGGAGCGGCUCUGGAGUCGAGUCGGCAGCUGCUGUAGGCGGGACCCAAACAACAACAACAACAACAACAAAACUAAAACGUAAUUAAAAAUUUGGCGUGUUUGAGGACGAGCCAUCCCAGCCUGAGGGCGAAGCGGUUAGUUUCCUACUUUGUUUAAGAGAAAACCCAAAACUAGACGACAUCUGUGUCGAAGGCGAAGAUAAUUACCUUAUACCUUGAUGCAUUCUUAUUUACGUACUUUCCAUGUUUACGUCUGUCAUACAUUCUGUCAUACUAGCUCCUUCUGGUCGUUACUCUCUUCAGCCACUUUGUCCAUUUCUAUUUAUUGUUACAUGGACCGAGGAACAAUCCCAUCACACACACGCACACAUAUACAUACACACACACACACACACAAACAAACACACACACACUACAUGCAUCAGAAACCAGAACAAAUCCAAAUCUAUGAGUCUAUCAAUGCAUAUUUUCCUAAAAAAAAAAAACAACAACAAAAAAAAAAAAGAUUUGAGCAAUUAUGAAUGGAAUAUAUGUAUAUGUACGUAUGUGUAUAUAGAAAUAUAUUUUUUUGCAUUAUACAGCUGGGGGAUUUUUUGCAAGCGUCAUUUGAUAUUAUUAUUAUUAUUAUUAUAAUUAUUAUUUCUUUUUUUCCCGUCUCCCAAGCCGUUUUUAAGAUUUUAAAUGUAGCCAGACUUGAGACAAGUGUCUUCCCAUGGUUUGGUAUAACACGUUGACUGUAACAGGCGUCAGGACUUUGUAGGCACUGUUGGUUCAUUUUUUAUUUUAUUUUUAUUUUUUUUUCUCAGACGCAGGGCAGGAAAAAUUCCUCCUGAACUUUUAUCAUUUCUGGUAAGUUGUAGAUUUUUCCUGCCCUGCUGUCGCUAACAAUUUUCCUGAAGCAUUCGGAGAGAAACCACCGGAGUGAUAACUGCAUCAAGAAGCCAUAUUUCUUUCUCUCGUUUUGUUCUUACAAACGAGGAAUUCUGUGUGUUAACCCAUCUAAUUUAUUGUUUUUUUUUUUAUUUAUUGUAUUUAUUGUAUCUAGGUACAGACACGCCAUAUUAUCAAUUCAACCAUGAGGCCUGAUGAAAUUAUAUUUAUCCAAAUUUUACCCUCCGUUUUCAAUGCAGUACCUAUUUAUUCCUAUUUUUUUUUUUAUUUUUUAUAAUAGUCAUAAUAAUAAUAAUAACUGGGUUUCUAUUCCGAUUACUAUGCAGCUCUGUCAUGUGUUUCAAACUGACUGUAUACAACUCAAAAGUCCUUUAAUUCCUUUAUGCAAACAGUUGCCUUUCUCCUGAAUAUGUGGAAAAUCAAAUGCAUUUUUUUUUUUUUUUUCCCGAAAUUGUUCCUUCUCGUCGCGAUGAAGAUUAAUUAACUCAGGCAAACGAAAUGUAUUGACUAAAGUACAGUAUUACGACACGCUGAAUACCUUACCACCACACUCCUGAAGGAUGUCACGCUGGUCUGAAUGGGAGCUAGAACUUCAAAGACUAAUUAUCGUUGUAAAAUGUAUGCAUUUUUUUAUAUUAAGGAAAAAAAAACAUUGUAGCAUCUUUGUAAAUAUUUUUUAUAAUAAAAGGUGCAACUAUUGAUAAGA